GGACUGUAUUUCUUACACUUAAAGUCGUUUUUUAUUUACAAUCACCUCUUGACUACUUGCAUUUUUAAGUAGGACAAACGUCAAGUUAACGUCACGUCACUUGUUUUAAAUCAAACUGACCGUCUGACCACAGUGUUCAAUUAAAGUUUAUUUCAUUUAGAUAUACUGCACAUCAGAUGUCUCAUGACCCAAUUGUGGGUCGCAAUUACACCCACGACGUAUAAUCAUGCGAUUACAGUGACUUGACUCAUUUGGUGAAGGCCCCAAAGCCGUUUAUUAGCAUCAGGAGUAAAUUACCAAGGAGGUCAGUAUAUUGAUCUCACAAAGGCCUUAAAUGAGUCAUUUUGUUUCUAAAAGUGGUGUUACAAUAUAGCCAUUGCCCCUCAAGUAAUGAUAUUGUGAGGUGCCUAGCCUGCUGUGUUUUUUGUUUGAAGUAAUAUACCAUGUCUCGACCCCGGGCCUGGCAGCAGCAAGCUCUAGCAGCUCAGCGACGCGACAACGAGCUCCGCCGCGCCGAGGAACUGCAGAAGGUGGCCAACUACUUUGAGAGCAACACUAACAGGUCUCGCCAUCAUGAGCAGUGGACUGCGGAGGGGUAUUAUGUCAAGGCUAAGAAGGAAGCGGAGCUGUUUAGCUCCAAGAAGCUUAGAGCUAUACAACUUGAAGAAAGAAGAAAAAAAUUGGAACUAAUGUUGUUUCAAGAAAACAUGCAGUUCCAACAAGAAAUGAAGGCUUUGGCUGCAAAACCCAAGCUUUAUAAAAACGGGUCAUACCUUAACGACGUGCCAACGUCGACCCUAAAGGAAAUCAACCAGGGCAUCAAGGAUAAAGAGGAGCAGUUGCGGAGGCACGAGGCCGAACUGCGACUGCAUCACGCGUGGCGUCUCCGGCAGCCGGAGUUACGGGCUGCUACGGCGUAUGUUGCCAAUGGGAGGCUUAAAUCUGCUUGGACACAACAAAUUGUAGAGAAAGAGAUAGCAAGAAAAAAGGAGGAGGAGGAAACUCUAAAGAUACUUCAGGAAAGGGACGAGGCGUUGCGUAAACAAAUAGAGAAAGAAGAAGAAAAGUUGAAAGAAAAAGAGAUGCAAAUGAGGGAGCUCCGCGGAAGCUUAGAAGGCCAAAUCGCCGAGCUAAGCGAGAAAGAGACAAUCGUCAAACGCCUACAAAAAGAAGAAGAGAGAGAACUCAUGAUACUCGACGAGCUCAAGUUCAUAUCGAGCGAGCGGGACAGAGAACACGCGCGGCUCGUGGCAGAGAGGGACGCCACUAUAGUGAAUAUGGGGCUGCAUAAGUAUAAGUUGAAGAAGAAGGUUAUAUCGGUGAUGCAGGAGAUUGAUUUGGAUUUGCAGAUGAUGGAGAAAUUGAAUAAAGCUGUUUUGAAAGAAAUAGAAUCCAGCGAAGAGACAAGAUCAAGCUACAAGCGCGUUUUAGACGCUGCUCUUCUAGAGUUACACGAAUAUCGCGAACGAGAGCGACAGAGACAGAAGAACAUCGACACCAUGUAUGACGGAGAGGCGAGGCAGCUCAGCGAGAAACAAGACAAGCUCUGGGCUAAAGAACGAGAAGCUCGCGCUCUGCUCAUGGAGGAUGUCCUCACUACCCUGAGAAGACAGGUGGAAGAUAAGGUGGAAGCCAGCAGGAUGCAGCAACGAGCCAACGUGAAGGAGAGAGAACAGAUCCUCGAGCAGAUGGAGACCUUCCAUCACGAGGUCAAGACCAGGGAGAGAGACACUCAGCUAAAGAACGCAGCCUACUCAACGAUAUCAGCUCUCCAAUCUCAACUCAAAGGUCUAAGUGUGCAGAAACAGAAAUUAGAAGAAGCAGCCGAGAAGGAGGCAGAACUACGCGAAGCCAGCGCCAACGAGAGGAAACUCAGGACUGAGAUCGCUAGGAUUAACAGGGACAGGACUGAACAGGCCUGGGCGUAAGGUAGAUAAAUCAAUUUAAACUAGUGUAGUAGCUCUGUGAGCUGUAGAUCUCGCUUCGCCAUUUUGAAAAAUAUCCAAACACUGAAGAAAAAUAUACAUAUCGAACCUGCUCACAAAAUUUCACGACAAUCUGUUAAGGGAUUAGAGCUGUACCUACAGAAGAAUAGCCGGACCAAGCCAUCGCUUUUUUCUAUAAGACCAUCUGUUAUUUAUCUCUACUUGUGUUACUGCUUUCUGUCUUUAUUAUUUUUAUUCUAAAGAAAUGAGCAAUAAUGUAUUCAAGUAUUUCAUUGCACUCAUGUUGUUAUACAGAUGAUAAUGUUUACAAUAGGAGGAGGGAAUGAGUAUUGUAUUGUUGAGCUAUCUUGAAGCAGUGUUCGUUCCGUCAAUUUUGUUCAGCGCUUAGAUCUUAGGUCAAUGUAACUUCUAUUCAAUAGUCGUCGUCGUAUUCAAUCCUCAGUCGUCUUGUUUAUUUGUCCACGAUAAAACUUUUUAUUGCUGAAACAAUAGUCUCAAGUGGCCGUCAAAAUAUCGUUGCGGAGAAAGUGGCCGAAAUAUGUUAACACACAAUAAUGUAUUGUCAUCUAAGAUAUAUCGAAAUAAAACCGAUUGGGAAUGAGUGGUGUGACUGAUACAUAUUGCAAUAUGCAAUGAUACAUCAUACGUCGACCCAGAGAGUUUUGGAGGGUUGAAAUAAGUGAUGAAACUAAAAACUUUAUACUAGCUUGUAAAAAUGUUUUGAAGAAGAAAUUGCAUCUGUAUCUAUAUACACGGUUCUAUAAUCUCACGUAAUUAUUGCUAUUAAAUAUUUUAUUUCGAUAUCGAUAAAAAAGAUUUCUAACACUAGCUAGAUUGCGAUAGUUUUUAAAAUUCCGGGCUCUGCUCAUAAGUGUGGUAUUUUAUUGUGUGUGGUGUGUACGAGUGUGUGCGCGACUGUAUUAAAAUGUGCCUUAGUAUUGUAUUUCAUUUAAUAAACAAGAUUUGUGUUGCCUUAGUGUUUGUGUCUUUUAAGCCGCCAUGAGUGCAAUUUUCAUACAAUAUAAGUUGCAGCUUUUUUGAUCCGCGUUCAUAAACACUUAAUUUGAAAUGAGAAACGAGAGACUUAAUGAGAAACGUUGAAGGUUCUUGAGGGUGUGGGCCGUUGUUUCACUUCAAUUUUAUGUUUCAAGGUUUUAUCAUUUGUACAAUUGCCGACAUAUUUUUAAACAAAGAAGUCUCAAAUAGUUGAGUAUGUAUGUACGGUCGAGUUCCCAAAUCUUUACUAACCAACAUUCCAAAAAUAUAUUUACACGACCUUAUUGUCAGUGUCAUAGAGGCGUUUAUAGUACAUUACGAUACAAGUGCGAAUUACCUAUUCGCACAUGUAUCGUACAACGUUUUACAGUACAUAUGGCCCUUUAAAUGUUCGACACAGUAACAUAAUAUGCUACUCCUCGCACUAGUGCUAUAAGGUAGCCCCAUAUGUACUGUAAAAUAUAUUUUCUCAAACUUGCAAUGAAAUGUUGACAUGACUUCAAAUUAGAUCCGGAAGUACUACGUAUCCGGUGCGAUGAGUGAAGAUGAUAUGUAAAGGAAUUUCAUACAGCCUUACACACAAGCAACCUUGUUCGGUUGCUUGUUUGCUUGCUUGGUUGUGCAAAUUGUGACAACGUCUUGGCAUUCAACCAUCAAAUAGUUGGUCGUAAUUUGUUUUUAGUUUCACUAUUUUUUUAAAUUGCAAGUUUGAGAAAAGCGUUAUAAAAAUCUCGGCGAGAAACGGGGUUGCCGGCCGCGUAUCCGGUCUGUAUCUACUUGGCCUGCAACCCUUCGUUUUCCGGCCUCUAUAAUAAUUUUGGAAUGCUGGCUUGUAAAGAUGUCUGUGAACUUGACUGUUAUUAAGUAUAUUACUCUAUUGUCAAGGCAUUUAGGUGCAAGUCUAGUUACUUAUGAACAGCCUGUUUAGUUACAUAUUGACUAUUUUUUUACAAGUAAGAGUAAAAUAUAUAGGUUUUAUUUUUGUAAUUUAUAUUAAUACUCGUAUCAUAUUCCUGUGAUAAAUUAUUUUGGACUCGCAAAAUAAUGAAAUAAAACAAAUUGGGUAAUGUAAUAAAAAAUAUAUAAAUACGACCGCGGUCAACGCCCCACUUUGUCGCUUGCCAUAAGGACGCCUUGUCAGGUUAUUCGUAUAAAGAUACAAGCAAAUCGCGUCCUUAUGACAAGCGACAAAUUGGGAAGUUAUGCCGACCGCGUAUUUGUGUAACCAGUGUAUUUGUCAAUAACUUUUGUGUGAUACAUAAAAAUGUUUUCAUAAA